AUGGCCACAAACGGCACUACAGCCUUCUCACAUCCGCCAUUCCUUCCAAAGUCAGUCUCAUUCCCCAACAACCAAACAUACGAGCUCAUACGCCCCAUCACCGAGCUUAGAAGUUGCCACGACGGCGAGCCCGCCGAGUCACGCAUCAUUUUCAUCUGCAGACAGCCCGGCAUUGAGCAGGACUACAUCCUGAAGAUCAAAGUCCAGAUCCCCGGCGGCGACCGUCGCCCCCAGAACACCCCCCACCCGGGCCCAAGCACAACGACAGCGGAGGAGCUGAAAGCCUUGUCGAUCUUCACGAAAGCCGACCUCCCUCACGUCCCCCAUCUGAUCACAUCUACUAUACAGCCUCAGCCGUCCAACGGCCCUUUACCAGGCGGCUACAUCAGUUACCUCGUGAUGAGCCUCCUCCCAGGCCAACCUCUCUUUACACUGAACUACUGGUCGUUACCCAGCACAGUGCACGAGGUCAUACGGCCCAAAUUCCUGGAGGUCCUCAGGGCGGUCUACGCAGCAGGGGUGGAGCCAGUGGACUGCGGUCUGCGGAACGUGAUGUGGGACGAGGCUACCCAGACGUGUGGAAUCAUUGAUCUCGAGCUGUGGCGGGCGACGGAGGAGGGCCAAGGCAUUGGAGAUGAGCUGAAGGAGUUGCAGCGGUGGGGCCUGAGCAGAAGACCGCCGGCAAAGGAUUGGUGGGCCGAGUGGAACACACACGGCCGGUAA